AUAAUAUUUUUGGCAAUCUUGAUAACUACCUAGCAACUGAUGAUAACAAUGGUUUUGACGCAGCUGAACUUGCGGAACUAGAGCGCCAAAAUGCUAGAUUUCAAAGAGGCAUAAAAAAUAAAAAUCAUAAACGUGGUAAAAGAAAUAUGGCUCUAUCAAAGGAAAGCACAUCAAAAGCUACUACAAAUGCCGAUCAAAGGGGAAAAACUAUUGCCUGCGACGCAACGUUGGAAUGCAACACAGACCAGCCUGAUUCCAUAGACCUAACGGAAGGCAUAAGUUUACAUGAAGAUAUGCAAGAAUUGAUUAGUAAGUAUGACUUUGCGUGCUGUAAUCCGGAUCCCCAGGUGGGAAAGAACCUCAGGAAAAAGUAUUCGUUUUACUAUAAAACUAAGCGGUCCUUCGGUGAUAUUCAUCAGUCCUACAAAACAAAACAUCCGGUGGCUGUCACUGAGAUAGCAGUUUUUAGGGAAAAAUUGAAAACGGUUGCAGAAAACCUGGAUACAUUAUUUGUUGAAGCCAAAAGCAUGCAUCAGGCAGAAGCACCCACCACUGCAACGCGUGGCAGGGGCCGUACACGGCCAAACCUUAACGUGGGACCUCCGACAGCCGUGAUAAUAUUAGACGAAGAUGAUCCUCCCGCAGUUGCGACGAAUCGGCGCCGUCGUUCCCUGAGGCUCAAUGGGUCAACCAUCGAUAAACCAACUGAAUCUGUUAUAACCUUGGAUUCGGAUGAAGAAACUGCAGCACCAAUUUCUCAACUGGAUCAGUCAUUUGAGGCAGAAAACUACAACAUGCGAAUUAAGGUGAAAUGGGGCGGAAAUAUCGAAACCUUCAAUCACCGUAAACAUCAGAAGUUUAUGGACAUCAUCACACAACUGGCAGUAAGGGAACGCGCCGACAAAGAAUGCAUUCUGCUAAAUCUGAACGAUCGCGUCAUCUAUGCCAACGAUACACCCGACACAAUCGGGUAUAAAACGUACCAGUUUAUCUCUGGACGCAUUCUUCAGGAAAAGGCUCCAACACUGUCCAAGGCCGGCCCUGCAACAUCAGCAAAAACGACCGAAGCUAACCUCAUUACACUAAAGGUGCAGCUGGAAAAGCGCAAGGAACCGCUGCGUCUGCAGAUCAACAAACAGCAAAAGAUGGCUGUGCUGGUGGUCAAGUGUGCCGAAGAGCUGAAAUGCGAACCGGCGAAAAUUAGGCUAUACUUCGACGGUGAACUGGUUAACACCGACAGCAAACCGGAAGAACUAGAAUUGGAAGGCGAAGAGAUGCUGGACGUCCGCAUGGUAUAA